UAGGCUGAUGUAUAUUGUUAUCAGUCCCUGGAGAGGAAGAGCUGUUAAAAGUUUACUUAUUUGGUGGAGUCUACCAAGAGUUUCCUGCAUGUAACAGCACUAGAACAAAACAAGAAACUUGUAGGACUGACGUGAAAGCACAAUGGAUGUAGAGAUCAAGAAAGGGAAGAAGGGGUUUGUGUCUCCUAUCAAACGGCUGGUGUUUCCAAAAGCUGACAAGAACAGGAGACAGCAGGACAGAAGCAGUGUGUACAGGAGACCACUGCAUUCUAUCCCCCUCUUCCCUCCAGAUUACUUAAUAGAUCCUGAGCUUCUGCUGCAUGAUUAUCUGGAGAAAGAAGUCAAAUUUUUAGGCCACUUAACAUGGGUAUCAUGUUCUUUAAAUCCAGCGAGCAGAGCCGAAGUACUACAGCUCUUGGAUACAGCAAGGCAACAAAAACAACUGCCUUUGCAAACAACUGCAGAACAGGACACCAUCCUGAGUUUGUCUGCACGCUGUCUCCUCUUGACGUGGAGGGAUAAUGAAGAGCUGAUCCUGAGAAUCCCAACCCAUGAGAUAGCUGCUGUAUCUUAUGUCAGGGAUGAUGCAUUGCAUCUACUCAUUCUCAAAACAGGUCUUGGGGUGGCUGCUGUUGCUGCUGGCGGCAGUCUGGAACGGAGACAAACAACUGGAGCUCUGCUUGAUACACAGGAGGCUGUGCCCAGUUCAGAAAUGUACUGCAACCUUGUGAUACUCGCAGUGGACAGCAGAGAUUCAGCUGAAGAAUAUUGUGCUCUUAUCUGUCAAGUAUUUCGUAUCAUUUAUGGAGAUCAGACAAUAGACUGUGUGGAUCGUGCUGGAAACAAUUAUACCUCUACACCAGACAGACGGUGGUUAAUGGAGAGAAGUGACAGUAGACAAACAGCUGAGACCUAUGGCUAUGAAGCAGAUUUUAGCUGCUGCAGUUCUUUUGAUGGAUCACAGGACACAUUUGAUCCUUACUGUUGUGGCAGCUCUUCCCCCUCAUGCAGGGAAUCACAAUUUAGCCAAGGCACAGUCGGUAGUGAGAGUGACCAGAGUAACUCAGGAGCUGAUCUGCUACAGGAUUAUAUGACAACACUGAGAACAAAGUUGACACCUCAAGAAAUUCAGCAGUUUGCUUUGCUGCUCCGUGAAUAUCGAACAGGUGCUUCAGUUGAAGAUUAUUGUGCGGAACUUCUUCAACUUUAUGGAGAAAAAAGAAAGUUCCUCCUUUUAGGUAUGCGGGCCUUCAUACCUGAUCAAGAUGCCAGCUACUUUGAGGGCUUUUUAGAAACCAUUGGAAUUAAUGAUGGAAGAGGAAUACUGACAGACAGUUUUGGAAGAAUUAAACGGAGCAUGAGUAAUACAUCAGCAUCUGCAGUCAGAAGUUAUGACAGCUGGUCUGUGCCUUCAGAAUCAGAUGGUUUUGAAAGAAUGAUUUCAAAUAUCACACAUGACAUUGAAGCUUUAGGAUGUGACGUGGAGGAUGAUUUAUUGUGAUGGAUGUAAAGUUGCCUAUUCACUUUGUUCAACUUUUCUAAUUGAUAAAUUUACUUCAGUCACUCAGUACAAUGGAUGUAAAAAUCCACAAACCUUCUUGAACCUUACGAUUAAAAAAUGUACUGUGCUAAAUGUUUAGAAUUUUCCAAAUGUUUAAAAAUAGUCAAUGCUUUGAUAAAAAUGCAGCUGAGCAGCAUUAUUAUACAAAAAUUUAAUACACGUAUUAAAAUUAUCUCUCCCCCUGCCCAUCAUAAUAACCAAAACUUUGCUCCAGACAGGCCAAUAUCUUCAUGAGAUUUUGCACAGAUGAAUUUCAAACAUCUGAGGUAAGCAUUCACACAAACAUACAGCUCAUGACAUUUUGAAGUUUAUAUGAGAGGCAGAUUUUUUUUGCCAACCUCCA